AUGACCGAGGCACCUCCUGCCCAUGCGACCGGGAUGAUCGACACCUCGUCGGCGGCUGGCCUACAAGCACAGCCUGCUUCUGACCAAGAUAUCGAGUCGCGGGGUACUCAUCACCACUUUCAUCUUGCAGCAAUCACUGUCGAUGAUCCACUACUGACCGACGCCGCAGACGUCGCAGGCCCUGCCCACCGCGAUCGGCCCAACGAAGAGGAAAGCGCAAGCGCCAACCCGGCAACCACCAUUUCCGUGGAAUUCGACGACUCGACUGGAGGCACCGAGAGUUCCGUACAUCUCACUCCCACCCCUACACGCAACAUAGCAGAUUCGAGGACUUCGCGGGAAGUUUCUCCUGGCAGAAGUAUUUUCGACCGCCUCGGCCUCAACGCUACGCCAGGAUCGCUUUUGGAAGACCCAAGUGGCGGUGAUCCUAUGCUGGAGAAUAGCUCCAACGAUGCGGUUAAGGGUCCCGUCUCUGUUUUCGCUGAUACUCUUCUUGACUUCGGAUUGGUUUGCGGUCGACGUAUCGGACUACUUGAGGGGACCAAGAUCCUCGUCGAGACGCGGAUGAUGGACCUUAGGGCUGAAAUGGAUAAGGCCUGGUCAAGCAUCAGAGAGGGCCGGAACUGUGAGAGAGGUUUCGAUGCUAUUGAGUCUGACCUCAGGCUAUUGGCAGAGGCGAAAAGUAACGUCGAUGAGGCUGUGCAAGACGCCGAAAACGAGUUCCAAACCUAUCGUUCGGCUUUCGUUGACAAAGUUCAAGCAGCGAGCAGACAUUUGGCACAUGUCUAG